UCACUUUCAAGAGCAAGAUUUCGCUCUGAAUAUUUCAGUCAAGAGUUCAACAGGGACUCCUCAGUUCGCGUCCAUUCAUUUCUGUGACAACGGCGGUGUCACUCAUCACAGUUUUAGUUGCUGCUGUUGAUCUUUGCACUCGAGAGAUCCGUUGUAGCUUCCAACUUGAUACUGCAGCUCCGCCAUUGUUCUAAUUGGAAAUAGAAACAGAGCUAGCUAGCUUGCUGUCUGUUGUUAGUGUACGUUGAGGUGUGACUGAUUUGUUGAAAGAUGGCAGACCCAAAGGAAGACGAGAAAGAGACGAAAGAAGAUGAAAUAGCCAAAGCCGCGGCUGAUGAAGAGGAAGACGACGAUGAGGACGAUGCAGCCAAUGGUGAUGCUGCCGCCGGUGGGCAAACCAAGAAGAAGAAAAAGAAGAAAAAGAAAAAGAAGAAAAAGGGAGGCGGCGGUGCCAACUUGGUAGUGGGAACCCCUUCCAAAAAACCGCCUGCUAGAGGACUGAAAGAGACGGCCUAUACGGACUACUAUGUCAAGUACGGACAAACAGAGCCUCCCAUCAUUCCCGUUGCCGACCUUUUUGUCGGGAAAGAGUUUCCAAAGGGAGAAAUACUCCCUCACCCGUUGCCCAGCCAGGCUUUCCGAGAAACAUCCGAAGAAGUGCGAUCCCGGGAACGCCUCCAAGAAGACCUCUACAGCAAAGUGAGACAAGCUGCGGAAGUUCAUCGUCAAGUAAGGGCAUAUGCCCAAUCCUUUAUCAAGCCAGGAAUCAAGCUGGCGGAUAUGUGUCGCGACUUGGAAAACAAAAACAGAGAAUUGAACCUGGAACAUGGUUUGGAACGGGGCAUUGGAUUCCCCACGGGAUGUUCCUUGAAUCACGUGGCGGCACACUACACUCCCAAUCCAGGAGACGACACUGUACUGCAACACGAUGACGUAAUGAAGGUCGAUUUUGGAGUGCAAAUUGAUGGACGCAUCAUUGACAGUGCCUGGACGGUGGCAUUCAACCCCGUAUACGACCCACUUCUACAAUCGGUCCGAGAAGCCACAGAUACAGGGCUGCGACACGCAGGCAUUGAUUCCAGACUUUGUGACAUUGGAGAAGCCAUUCAAGAGACAAUGGAAAGCUUUGAACUUGAAAUGGGGGGAAAGACGCUCCCCAUUAAAGCCAUUCGGAAUCUAAAUGGGCAUUCCAUCGGACCCUAUCAAAUUCAUGCUGGAAAAUCUGUCCCCAUUGUAAAGAACGGUUGUGAGGAGUCUCUCGUCAUGGAAGAAGGCGAGAUCUUUGCCAUUGAAACAUUCUGCUCCACAGGACGUGGCUAUGUCAAUGAAGAUAUGGAAUGUAGUCACUACAUGAAGAGAUUCGAUGCUGGACACGUCCCUCUGAGAAUGCAAAGUUCCAAGAGACUCCUCUCGCACAUCAACAAAACAUUCGGCACUCUGGCAUUUUGUCGGCGAUGGCUAGAACGAGAAGACGGCGGGUCUUUCUUUGUCAAUGGAAACAACGGGCGUCAGACUAAGUACAUGGGAGCUUUGAAGAACCUUUGCGAUGUCGGAAUCAUUCAACCUUAUCCGCCUCUCUGCGAUACUCGAGGCUGCUUUACGGCCCAGUACGAGCACACAAUCAUUAUUCGUCCAUCAUGCAAAGAAAUUGUCAGCCGAGGAGACGAUUAUUAGGCAGCCAGCUUGCAUGUGCAUGAAUUGCUUUGCUAGAACGAACGACAGUUGCGCUACUCUACUCUACAUUGAUUCAAAACUCAAAUACAUAACAAACCAGCCAUUUGAUGAAUGGAUUCUAUUGCAGUUAUCGCGGAUCCGGUAGAUAGCUACCGGUACCGGUGCUGUGCUAUGAUAAUACUUAGAUAGUUCCGUGCCAUGCAGUAGGAGUGGGUAUGAGACUUAUAGGGUCAAAAGGCAACCAUAGCGAGGAUAUAGCUCAAGCGUAUAGCCGAAGGAAACGAAGCCAAGUUGCAUCUCCUUCAAGCAGAUAUUCGUUGAUCUUCCGCUUCUGCAAUGCGCUUCGUUUACGCAUCAAGAUCCCUUCACCUUUUGGAUCUCUCUCUAUAGCCUUUCAGGCGGCACGACCUUGUAAUCCGCAGAUCCAGGUCCCAUCUCCCCCACUGUAGACCUCGAGGUGCCAACGAUCAAUAUCCACCUCUUCCCUCAGCGUGGAUAGAGAACAGCUCUGAGACGCAACAUGGUGCAAUCGAAGAAGU